GUCUCUCUUUUGUGGUGAGCAGUGAGCAUCCUUUCCGUGCGGUUUCUAACCUCACCUUUCAUUUAUUUCUGGUGUUACAAGUUACAAGAUGGUGGAAGUGAUAAAUUAAUAGAUUAAUAAGCAACAUUUAAUAUAUGAUUAGAUUUGAGAAUGCGCUCCAUAAAUAGUUCUUAGUUUUUAUUUCUACUAACAUAUCCAGUAAACGUUAUUCGCUAUAUUUACGAACGGUAGUAGAUUAUCCUAGUUUUCCUUCUAGAUCCUGUAGUAAGGUCUCUCCCAUUGUUUAUUAACGAAUAUAUCCUUUACUUAUUCUUAAAAUGUCUUCACUGCUUUGUAAGAACUAUGUCGUCCGAGUAUAUCAAGAGGUGAUAGAUGACGUUAUAGCUGGAGUGAGAGAACACUUUCUUGAAGACGGUGUAGAUGAAGUAGUUCUUCAAGAGUUAAAACAAAUAUGGGAAACGAAGCUUAUGAGUACCAAAGCUGUACAGGAAGAGCCGGAGAAGAAGAAAAUUGACCAUCCUGCCAGCAAUGGAUAUCCAAAAGUUGUCAAUAAUCCAAUGCCACAAGCUACCAAUCAACAGACUGUACAACAACCAGCUCAGCAAUUGCAACCGGCUAUUCAGCACCUUGAUAAACUGGUUCCAAUCCAAAUAACUUUACCCCCACAGCCCGGUUCCGAAGGAGGACACGGCCGAAUACUCACCAUCCAAGUGCCGGGCUCCGCUCUACAAGGAAACCAACUCCAAAAAAUCCUCACAGGCCCCGUCAUAACGGCCACCAUGGGUCUGCCGGCCAGUAUCGCUUCUUCUUUGCUACAGCAACAUGUCAACGCUGCUUUCAACAGUCAACAGCAAGCAGCUUCCGUGGCCAUUGUAAAUAAAAGCGUUUUACAGACUGAUGGGGCUGCGGACCAAGAGAGCGACGUUGAGAUGGAGAGUGGAAGUACCUCUAGGACUGAUAGGGAUAAGGAGCUUGAAAGUAUGAUCGAGGAGGGGAUUAGCAUAGAGAUUAUUUUACCUAGAAGUAGGAAGAAAGCCAAAGCGAACAAAAAAUCAAAAAAUCCAGUGAUCACUCAGGCUGAUGGACCAAAUGAUACAUCAGAUGAAGAUGAAGACGGAUCUGAUGAUGAUAACGAUGACGAUGAUUUAGACGAUGACAAAGACGAAGAUGAUCAAGAAAUGGAAGAUGAAGGAGGCGAAGAAGAACCGUUAAACUCAGAAGACGACGUCACCGACGACGAUCCUUCUGAUCUCUUCGAUACAGACAAUAUCGUUGUGUGCCAAUACGACAAAAUCAUCAGAAAUAGGAACAGAUGGAAAUUCUACCUGAAAGACGGCAUUAUGAAUCUCGGCGGAAUAGACUACGUCUUCCAAAAAGCGACUGGAGAUGCUGAGUGGUAGUUCCGAAACUAUGUUUACACGUGAAAAGACAUCUCGUAACGCGACAGUUCGUAACCCCAAAAAUGGUAACGCCAUCAAUUCGUAACGGCGACACUUCAUAAUGGCUACACAUAGUAACAGUGACAGUUCGUAACCAUAUCUAUUCAUAACGGUAUAAUUAAUAGCGCCAAAAUUUAAUUAUUCUGUUUAUUUUUGUUAACGUGGAAACUAAUCUUGGAAAACGAAAACUAAACGUGGAAAAUUUAAUCUGUGAGAAUUAACCUAUCAGCCGACAAAAAUAUUGAAGAAGAGGUAAAAGACCAAAUAAUUAAAGCCAGUAGAGCAGCCAGAUGCCUAAAGGACACAGUUAGGAAAACACCUAAGGGCCGGUAUUUCCAACCUCACUUAAGCCAAAGCUUACUUUAAGCCUUUGCUUAAGCUUAGAUGCCUGUAUUUUCACUUCAAUUUGAGCCAAAUAAUUUUCAGCUCGCGCGGGAGUUGGUUUAAGCCUUUGCUUAAAAUUUGUUUUCUGUUUUUUGAGGUUAUUUCUAUAGAUUAUUAAUUAUAGAGUUGUUUUGAAAACCAACUUUUAAGUAAUAACGUUAUUAUUGGAUUAUUAAAUAAUAAUCUAUUAAUUUAUUAAUCGUAAUAACGAUUAUUAAAAUUCUUACUACUUUUGGAAGGUGUAGGCACAUGAAAAUUGUUUAUUUCUACAAUGCUUGGUAGGUAUAUUUAUUUUACAAAAAUAAACUUACAUUCCAAUUUGACAUUUUAAGGAAUAUAUCCAAUAAACAAAAUUACAAAGACGGAUCUAUUGCUUAUGCAAAAUAACAAUAAAAAUUUAACCUGAGAAAAUAUAGACAAUAAACUAAAAACACAUGUACCAUGUACACAAAAUUAAGUGAAGUAAAAAUAACAUUGAUACAGAUGACAAGAUAAAAUUAAAUGUCAACAGUAGUGGUUUUUACCUCAGAACAGUUAGCUCUGGCACUUUGACGUAUUCAGAGGUACCAAACCAAUUAAGUUUACAGCUGAGCAUCAGUUUAGUUAAGAGAAUGAUGGAAAUACGGCACCCAGCUUAAGCUUCUCCUUAACUUUUGACACAUGCUUAGCUAAGCAAAAGCUUAAGUAGCUAUUGAAAUACCGGCCCUUAGAGUGGAAACAAAGCCCCGAAUAUACCGAUUGAGAAAUUUCUCAUGGUUGGUAUAUAAGCCUUUAAUGAGAGCGACAAAGAGACAUGUAUUUAUUAUACAUUUAAAACGGGCUAGAAGAUAUACGCCGGCAAAGCGAGGUAGCGCCAAUAACCUACUUCGUGUCGUAGGUAGGGCUUUCUCAGCACAGCAUUGCCAGUAGAUUUACAAAAGAAAAUAACAAAGUAGAAAAAAUUAUAAUACAGUGGAACCUCGAUAACUCGGAUUAAUCGGGACCGCGACCGAUCCGGGUUAUCGAAAAUCCGAGAUAGCCGGAGAAUAUGGUAAAAAUUAAUAAAAUACGGUAUACUUACAGAUAAACUCCGUUAGAAUUGAAAUAACAUGAAAUAUAUUUAUAAAUAUGCACAGUACCUACUCAUUAAAAUUACUAAAAAAAGCACCAAACCCAAACGUAAGCAAAUGGAAGCGAACAAUACAAGACACACAAUACUAAAGACUAUUGUUUAUAAAAGAAUUUUUUAAAUAGUCUUUCCUAAACAAUGCUGACAGUUUGAAAUAAAAAGGAAUAGAUACUACAGACAGGUGGCUGUUGUUUCUGCGGCGUGUGCUAUGAGUCAUUUUUAAUAUCGUAUAGUUCAAAUUACACACAUAAGUACACAUUAUUUCUCAAAUAUUAUAUUACAUACAUUUUUAUUGUUGAAAGGUUUGUCUGAUAAUUAACUAUUUUGAUUGGAAAUAAGCCACAAUUAAAUUGAAAAAUACAAAAUAUUGAAAAUCAAAAUGUUUAUCUGAUGAAAAUCGGUCCGGGUUAGCUAGACUUCCGGGUUAUCGGGGGCCGACUUAUCGGGGUUCCACUGUACUUAACUUUUUGUAAACGAAUAUAAUAAACAAAUUAUUUAAAAAAAACUUAAGUAAAAAAAUAUUAUUUUCACUUAUUUAAAAAAAAAAUGGGUGAAAAAGGUUGAAUUAUAUUUCAACGUUUUCACAUUUUUUUAAAAUGGAUGAAAACAAUAUUUUUUUACUUAAGUUUUUUACUUUUAAAUAAUUUGUUUAUUAUAUUCGUUUACAAAAAGUUAAAUAUUAUAAUUUUUUCUACUUUGUUAUUUUCUUUUGUAAAUCUACUGGCAACGCUGUGCUGAGAAAGCCCUACCUACGACACGAAGUAGGUUAUUGGCGCUACAUCGCUUUGCCGGCGUAUAUCUUCUAGCCCGUUUUAAAUGUAUAAUAAAUACAUGUCUCUUUGUCGCUCUCAUUAAAGGCGCAUACCAACCAUGAGAAAUUUCUCAAUCGGUAUAAGCCAGUUGUUAGGCCAGUUAUGACUUACACGGCCGAAACAAGACCAGCCACAAGCAAAACACUGGAGACCAAAGGAAUGAAGAUCUUAAGAAGGAUUGCUGGAAAAUGACUACAGGACAGAGUAAGAAGUAAGGAAAUCAGACGCAUAUGUGGGGUAGGCAAUAUAAAUACCUGGAUAAAGAACAGAAAAGAAGAGUGGAAUCAACACAUAAGCAGGAUGUCUGACUCACGGAUAGUAAGAAUAGCCAUGGAAAAGUCACCGUUAGGCAGAAGAAGUAAAGGACACCCAAGGAAAAGAUGAAACGACAAAAAAGGGGCAAAAUAAAAGGCACCGUUGAAGAAAAACAGGCAUUACUGCUUAUA